UAAACACGAGCAACGUGCACAAGAGAGAGAGAGCUUCGUAUGAGAGUGCAAUGGUUUACACAGCUGUACUGUAUUAAAUAACCAAACCAGAACCCUCUGUUUCAUACAAGAGCAAGAGCAUACUUGAGUCGAUUUAGUGUACUUUUUGUUGUUUUUUUUUUCACUUCGUUAAGUUUUUGUAUUUCGUUCUGACUGACGUUGUAGUCACUGAAUACCUCAUACCCAUGCAAAGUUAAUUUAUAAUAAUUAAAAAAAAAAAAAAAAAAAAAAAAAACUUUGUAGAACUUUUUUGGGGAUCGAAAUUGUAAUUUUAAAAAAUAGAAUUCUGCAUUCCUUUUUUGCCUUCUAUUUAUAAUUAUUAUUUUAAUAAGCUGUAAUCAUGCUUUGGCAAGUUUUCUGGUCCGGUUUGCUAUUUGUACCCUUGCUGUUUGCAGAAGCCAGGAUCUCUAAGCGAUAUGUCGUUGGUUGUCCCGACCGAUGCGACAAGUCGCAGUGCCCUCCGAUUCCAACAGAAUGUCUCGCUGGGGACACACUUGACCAAUGCGACUGCUGCCCGGUCUGCGCAGUCGGGGAGGGAGAGUCCUGUGGCGGAUCGGGGAGGCUCGGGGAACCGGUCUGCGGAGAAGGGCUGGAGUGCUCUGUUUCAGACGGCGUGGCUCACUCUCUGACGGUGAGACGGAGGGGCAAAGCUGGGGUGUGCGUCUGCGAAAGCUCCGAAGCAGUUUGCGGGAGCGACGGCGUGUCCUACCGAAAUAUCUGUGAACUGAAAAGAGUCAGCCAGCGUGCGGAGAAACUUAAGCAGCCGCCUGUAAUCUUCAUUCAGAGAGGAGCGUGCGGACAAGCAGGUCAAGAAAACCCAGACAGCCUCCGGCACAGAUACAACUUCAUUGCGGAUGUGGUGGAGAAAAUUGCGCCUGCUGUGGUUCACAUUGAACUGUACCGCAAGAUGACGUUUUCGAAGCGGGAGGUUGCUGUGGCGAGUGGCUCUGGUUUUGUGGUCUCGGAAGACGGGCUGAUUGUCACAAAUGCUCACGUGGUGGCCAAUAAGCACAGAGUGAAGGUGGAGCUGAAGAAUGGGGCCACUUACGAUGCCAAAAUCACAGACGUGGACGAGAAGGCGGACAUUGCACUAAUUAAAAUAGACACUGCGGCUAAGUUGCCCGUUCUGCUGCUGGGCCGAUCAGCUGACCUGCGGCCGGGGGAGUUUGUGGUGGCCAUCGGGAGCCCCUUCUCCCUGCAGAACACAGUGACCACAGGGAUCGUCAGCACCACCCAGCGAGGAGGCAAAGAGCUGGGCCUCCGCAAUUCGGACAUGGACUACAUCCAGACCGAUGCCAUCAUUAACUAUGGGAAUUCCGGAGGCCCUCUGGUGAAUCUGGACGGCGAGGUGAUCGGGAUCAACACUCUGAAGGUGACGGCCGGCAUCUCCUUCGCCAUUCCCUCUGAUAAAAUCAGGCAGUUCCUCGCGGAGUCCCACGACCGACAGGCAAAAGGGAUGACUGCACCAAAAAAGAAGUAUAUUGGAGUAAGAAUGAUGAGCCUCACUACCACGCUUGCCAGGGAACUGAAGCAACAGCACAAGGAUUUUCCAGAUGUCACCUCCGGAGCGUACGUGAUUGAAGUCAUCGUGAAAACACCAGCUGCAGCCGGAGGGGUGAAGGAACACGAUGUGAUCAUCAGCAUCAAUGGGAAGCUAAUAACCACAUCCAGUGACGUCAGCGACGCCAUUAAGAAGGACAGCACCCUGCGCAUGGUGGUACGCAGAGGGAACGAAGACGUCAUUCUGACUGUUGUCCCCGACGAGAUCGACCCCUGAUCGCAACCCCGAGCUGGUUCUCGCCUUUCACAAUGGACCCUUCCAGGACGUGACUGGGGGAAUCGCCUCGUUAAUAAUAAAGGGAACUGAGAUUGAUGUGCUAUGCAUUACAUCCGCAUUUUGUUUUCCUUUUUUUCCCAUGUAUUUACUUGUUAAGGGAUUAAAUGCAUGCUUUGAAAGCUGUUAACUACUAUUAGAGAUAUACAAGCAGACAGACAAUGUGUGCUUGUAUAUAUAUAUAUAUAUAUAUAUAUAUUUUUUUUAUUAAUCAUUGUAUGAGACCCACCAGAGACUAACAUUUGAAAUCGAUACAAAACAAAACUUAAUAUAUAUAUAUAUAUAUAUAUAUAUAUAUAUGUAUAUAUAUAAUAUAUAUAUAUAUAUAUAUAUACACACACACUAAGUGGACAUUUUUUUAUGAUGGUUUAUUGUUGUUUUCAAAAAAAAUUGGAUGAUGUCUGUAAGUAAGGGGAAUAAAAUAUUUUAAAAAGAGAAAUAUUUUUAGAUUGUACAAUAUUUACCUACAGAGUCAGAGAUCACGGCUGUUCUUAAUUCAAGGGUCUUCUGUUUUCCUUUACAAAAGCAAAAUAUACAGGGGGAUCAGUGUUACUUUUUUGUUGUUAACAGUUCUCAACUCCGGUGAAUUAGCUUUAUGUUUACAUUAACGUACCUGUCUGAUUUUAUAAUGAAUCAAUAGGUGCACCCAGUGUUGACUGUUAUUGUGCUUGGUUAUCUGGGAAGCUCAAUGUUAUUAUUAUUUAUUUCUUAGCAGACGCCCUUAUCCAGGGCGACUUACAAUCGUAAGCAAAUACAUUGCAAGUGUUACAAUACAAGUAAUACAAUAAGAGCAUGUUAAAUGUUUGGUUUUUUUUUUUUUUAAUCACGGAAAAUCACAGGUUAAAAAAAAAAAAAAUCACAGAAAACUAGUAUCGCUGGUGAUUUUAGAAAUUCACUUGACAAAAAACAAACAAACAAAAAAAAAAACAUUCCUCCAGGAAAAGAUCUUUCAACUGAUGCUGUAUCCCAUAGAAAAUGCUGCUGUUUUUUAUUGGUACCACAAUGAUGCUUCGGCAGUUAAAAUAGCUAAAUAGCAGUUCAAAAACAUGACAUGCACUGCAAAACUAUUGUAACUACAGUGUGUGGGCUUUUGGUUUUUACACUGUACUUCAGUUAUGAAUUUGUUGGUGGCUGGCAAAAAAAAAAAAGUCCUUAAUCAUUAGUUGCUGCCAUCUGCUGGAUUUGUCUGGCAUUGCAGAUUUGUCAAGCCCAGACAUUCCUGGGAAGUGUUUUUAUUUCUAAAUUUAAACCAUUGAAUUCAUUCCAAAAGCACUUGAGAAAUAAAUGUCUUCAGAGUGAGCAUCUGGCUUAAUAGCAACGGGCAGUGUGGAGCGGAACUGAGAUGUACCAGGAACUGCUCCCGGAAUCUCUUUUCUUGGAAUGCUUUUGCGUUUUAUUAUUAUUUAUUUCUUAGCAGACACCCUUAUCCAGGGCGACUUACAAUUGUUAUAAGAUAUCACAUUCUUUUUACAUACAAUUACAUAAUUUUUUACACAUUUUUACAUACAAUUACCCAUUUAUACAGUUGGGGCUUUACUGGAGCAAUCUAGGUAAAGUACCUUGCUCAAGGGUACAGCAGCAGUGUCUCCCCCACCUGGGACUGAACCCACGACCCUCCGGUCAAGAGUCCAGAGCCCUAACCACUACUCCACACUGCUACCCAUGACUUUGUCCCAAAAUGGCUACCAUAUUGAGAGUGUGUGACUUAGGGUUCUGCAUGUCAUCACACAGAUAUGCUUGGUACACAGCUGUAAAAGAACACAAAAAAGAUAGAAAUUUGCUGUAAGCACCAGACAUAUCCCAGAAACCACUUGAAAUUCAAACUUCAUACGUGUAACUUAAAAUAAAUACCUCAGGCAACUUUUGGCAGUAACCCUGUGACCUAAUGCCUCACAAACCGAUUACUUUAAAGCCAUAAAUAUUUGCGACCAAAAUAUUUGGCAAGUCGCACCCAUAAAACCUAUUUUGCUCCAGAAAUGUUGCCGACCUGUUGCAAUAAACAAAGUAUAUAUUGUUAGUGGAAUUUGAUUUUGUGUCAAAAAUGUUUGCGGUUUGUUUUCAUACGUGAAAAACGCAUAGUAAAAGGCUUGCGAAUA